GCCAAACACGGUGCUUCCUUACCUUGUCCUCGAAUGUUAGGGCUUUUGUGGCAACUCUCUUCCUAUAUUAAGCUCUUGUAUACUUAAUGUUAUGCAUUGACUUGAGGAAUAUGAUCUUUAAUAUCUGAGUUCAGUUAAUUUUUUUUUUUCCUGAGAUUCAGAGAGAGAAUUGAGAUAGAGUUUCAGUUAACUCUGGAAAAGGGGAGAAAAUAUGUUUUUUCACAUAGUAUUAGAGCGGAAUAUGCAGCUCCACCCUCGUCACUUUGGCCGUGAUCUUCGGGACAAGCUUGUGGCGAAGCUCGUGAAAGAUGUCGAGGGAACUUGCAGUGGUCGCCAUGGGUUCAUUGUGGCCAUAACUGGUAUUGACAGUGUUGGGAAAGGGUUAAUUCGUGAUGGGACGGGUUUUGUUACCUUUCCAGUUAAGUAUCAGUGUGUUGUAUUUCGACCGUUUAAAGGGGAGAUUCUGGAAGCGGUUGUUACAAUGGUGAACAAGAUGGGAUUUUUCGCUGAAGCAGGACCUGUCCAAAUUUUCGUAUCUAAUCAUGUUAGUGGUUUAAUUUUGUGCUGUGAUUUUCUUGUUGCAUGUUUGUCUAUCACUCUCUUAGGACAGAACCAUUUCUGCAUUGGUACCAUAAAAGAUGACUUUCUUGGUGUUAUUAGCGAUCCAGGUGCAACUUCUUGAUGCAACUUCUUAAUGAUAUAAACGGCUUCCGCUUCCAAUGGGGGCCUGUGGUUUUAUAUCCUAACGUCUUAUAGUAGUUAGCAGUCAGUGACAUCAAUAACUUGGUAUAAUACUUAUCUACCCUGGUUGUCUUUACUCUUUUUGAUUGUGUAUUGGAUGAUUUGAAGCCAAUGGUGUGUUGGGGUUCUUUGAAGAACCCUUUAUUCCAGCAAUGAUUAAUGAGUCACUUCCCUUGUACUAAUGAGCAAUGAUAAUUCGAGUUUCCUAAUUGAUUGAAGUCUAAAUAAGGUUGCACGGGACUCGGGAAAAAAUAAAAUAAAAAAAUACUGUAUUAUUGUCC